AGAAAUAUUUUAAAUAAAGAAUAAAAUAAUCUCUGGCUCACUCCCCUCCUCAUCAGCGACCACAACAAAGUUUUGUAAGAGGCUGAGCAUAUCUUGCAAGUUGUAGUGAGACUUCGACGGAUGAUCCUGGAAAUGGGCGGGAAACUCUGGCGGAACCCGCAUGAACUUGUUUGAGUAGGACUAAUAAAUAUUUGGCCGGGAGAUGCCGGACUGAGUCAGACCGUUGGUCCAUUGGACUCAGUACUGUCCACUCUGACUGGCAGCACCCGGGGAUUCCGAGAGGGUUCUUCUUUUCCAGCUGGAGGUGCUGCUAGGGAUUGAACCGGGGACCUUCUUUCUGUGUGCAAAGCCGCCACCUGGCAACCCCCAAUCCUGGGGCCACCCAUUGGCUGAUCUACCAUGAAGUUUCCGGCCGUGGUCGCUGCUUGCAGGAGGCCGGUCUCAUGCAGCUGUGGGUUUCUGGAGGAGGUUGCAGCCUGACAAAUCACUCGAUGAUGUUGCCUCGUUGGCUGGCCUGGAUUGGCUUGGAGUUGGCGGCUUGAGAGUUGCAAUGUGUGGGAAGCCGCAGAAGAACGCCCCCCCCCCAACGCCCCCGCCUGGCUGUCAAGUUGCUGGUCAUGCGGAGGAAGUGAAGACUCUUUCUUGAGGAUCCCUCGUGACUUCUCAGGCUCCUGAGAGCUGGAGUGAGUGUGCGUCUCCAGCCAGUGCCAACAAAUGAGGGCCAACUUGGUUCACCGUGGUUGCCUGGAGGAUAGUAGAGCAGCCUGAGCAGAUCUCCCGCCGCCCGUCCGAAACCAGAGACCGAGAGGGCCGUAUGAUGGCAGAGAAGCGGUGUCCGGAGCCGGUGGGGUCCCUGACGUACAGCAAGCUGCCUCGGCUGGAAGCCCAUCAAGGUCAUGUCCUCACGGAGGGCUUGUGCCAGUCCAGCAUGCUGCCGGCUGGAGGCCAUUACAGGUACAAAGGCAGCUACCUUGCGUACUCGCUCCAGUGCCCUGAGGGGCCCGAGGCCAUGGCACACUGGAGUCCCAUGGAGGGCUACGUGCACUGCGCAGAGGGUGCCAUAAGCCAGGCGCCCGGGACGGAGAAGGCCGUUUGCAUGCUGUACAGGCAGGAGCCCGAAAGCUUUGGGACCCGGCUGCAGCCUUCCCGGGAGGAGAAAGCCAAGGAUUGCCUCGCUCGAGACACGCACCCGACUCAGGAGAAAUGGGCCAGUUAUUUGGACCAUCCCGCCCUUGCUCCGCAGGGCUGGAUCCACGGUUUCUCGGUGCAGCACCCUUCCCGAGCGCCAUUGGGUUGCCCGACCUUAGCUGCCCCCAAACCGGUCUACCGAAACCACGUUUAUUGCACGGAUCCCGGCUACAGACCCAAAGGCUCCAUGGCACUGGCCGUGCAGACAGAAAGCUCAUCCCAGCGGCCUCUGGACGCGGAGUGGGCACUGCCACCUUUAGGGCACCCGAUUCGCGGGGAGAGCCCAAGCUGCAAAACUGCGACGCCCCCCAAAGCCCACGCUCCAGAGUCCGGCUUCCUGCGGUUACAGCCAGGUCCCCAAGACACCGAGGGGGCCCCUCCUGGCUUUUCACCCUAUCGCAAGCCAUUGGAAAAAUGCCAUCCGGCCCUGGGUGCCUCCUUUCUGGAAGGAACCUACCCUGCAGUGUAUAACAGUCCGAAAACCGCCCCAGAGGUGCGGGGCGACAGUCCCAGCAAGCCUGCAUGGUCUCAACUACCUCCUCCUCCUGCCAGCCCGCUGGGCAAUCCCCAGACUCUGGUGUAUCCAGAUAGGUCCUCUGCCUGUUACCCAUUCCCUCCGUACCCAGUAACUUCACAUGAGCACAUGUUGUUGUAUCAUCAAAGCUGUGCGCAGGCGGAAAAGCAGAACUCUGUGUAUUCCUUGCCGGCUUGCAAGGGCUUCCUUUCCCCAGGCCGCGAGGAAGCCCCGAUUCUUCCCAGAUCGUAUAUUCCACCAGCGCCUAGAAGCUAUUAUCCUAGUCACCUCGAGAGCUAUCUCUACAGGACAGUUGGCUCCCCACCAGUGGCUCCUCCUAGCUCCGACAGGGACCAGGGGUUUCCACACAACGCCAGGGCCCGGGUGGAUUUUGUUCCACAGAACCCCGUCUCUGCAUGUGCCUUGGCCGAAAAAGCUCCCUACUGUGGCUUGCUGCCCGGCAGAGACGGCCUUUGGGACUGGCGGGAGAGCGGCAAAAGCACGAGACCCGUCGCCGAGAGCGUUCUGCAUGCCGCUCCCCAGACGCUGGCUUUUCAGCCCCUACAGCCUGGAGACCGCUUGCCUGGCUGUUUUGGUGGCUACGGGCAAACGCGGGCGGGCCUUUGUCAUUUGGAAAGGCGCAGUGGGACCGAACAGGAGCCUUCAUGCACACACAACAAGUCCAGCGCGGCCCCUGAAAUCAAGAAGAAACCGGUCCACAAAGCCGAGUCGGGAGCAUGCAUCGUGAUUUCGGACAGCCCCGUGGCAACCCAGGACUCCAGCCCCAAAGGAGAUCUGCCGAAAAACAUCCCCCCGGGUUCUAAUUCCUCUCUCCAGAAUACGGGGCAGGCCUCUGAGGAAGAAGCAAAGAGUGUGGGGAAACCAGAGGGCUCCCCGCCUCCGUCCUCCCCGCCCAUGCCAGUGAUCAACAAUGUCUUCAGCUUGGCACCUUACCGAGAGUACCUUGAGGGGUCUGCGGGGAUCCCUUUCUCGAAAGCCUGCCGGGAUGAGAAACCCGGCUGCAAGCGGAUGGCUAGCAAAUGCUCCCCUCGGCCUGCCUCUGUGGAGACGUCGGAAGCGUCCCGGGCGCCGCUUCCGGAGGGGAAAGAAACUGCCGGUAACGUCCUAAUGGAGGUGGGUCAAAAGGUUCCCGCUAGCAACUGUGCAGUGAUAGAGAGAGGCGGCGGAAGAGAUUCCCUCGGGUCUUGGGAAAGCGGCAGGCUUGGGCUGCUGCCUCAAAAUGGGCCUGUGAUGAAUCGGCUGGCCCCAGCAGGUGGCGUGAACAGCAGGGUCGGGGAUCUUGCCAGAGAAGACCGUGUGCUAGACCUUAGCUUGAAACCGGAAGGAUUGGUGGGAGUGCCCAUUUCCCAGAAGCCGGUUGGAAAGACUGAGGCUCUCGAAAAGGUGAGUCCAGAGAGCAAAGUUGAAGAGGGAAAGGAGGCCCCAGCCCAAAGGCCGGAGGCUAAUUCGAGCGCCAGAGUGCUGUCAGUGACAAAGAGCAAUUUCCACAGUUCUGCGGCGUUCCUGUUCAAAAAAUUCAGGAUCCUGAAAUCUCACACAGCGGCCGGGGCAGGCUCCCGGGCGCCUCCGAGCUGCUCCUCCCCCUUGCAGCCAAGCGCCCAAAUCGCUGUCGUGGCCCACAGCUUCUCGCUGCAACAAGGCUCCGAGCAAGCGGCCGUUUGCCAGGGCAGCGUCCUCGUUCAACAGAGCUCUGUGCCGGUGCCAGGUGGGCAGAUCUCUGUGCGGCCGGCUGCCCAGCCGACGGCAACGUGGCCGCUUCCUGUGCAGCAAACUGCCCAGCCUAAGCAAAAGCGUCUCGCCGUCACGCCGCCGGAGGCUUCGAAAGCUCUGCCUCUGAGCACCCCGGCCGGCUCCCCUGUUCUCGGAGAAGCCGGUGACCCACCCCCCGCCAGCUGUGACUCUCUUGCCCAGCAGAACUCGCCCUGGCAGUAUUUCACUGCGCUGCACACCGCCAUCUGCGCCGCCGUUUCCUCCUCCGUGUCUACCUCUUCCCCGGAGCAGCUGGAGGCGUGGCUGAAGCAGGCCGAGCCCAGUGAAGACGAGCUCCGAGAGAAGGCCGUGGGUCCCGCCAAGCACAGGAAGGCCUCCGAAGCCCCGAAGCCAGCCAAGGGCAAGGAGAUCUGGCUGGCCUUCCAGGACGUGGCCUUGCUCCUCAACAAGCUCCUGGCUCAGCUGGAGACCUUCCUCCUGACGCGCAAAUGCCCCUUCCCCCACGUGGUCCGGGCGGGCACCAUCUUCAUCCCCAUCCACACGGUGAAGGAGAAGCUCUUCCCCAGCCUCUCGGGCGCGGCGGUGGACCACGUCUUGCAGGGCCACAAGGUGGAGUUGCGUCCCACCACCCUGACCGAGGAGAAGCUGCUGAGAGACUUGAAGCUGAAGAACUGUACCUCCCGGAUGCUGAAGCUGCUGGCACUGAAACAGCUGCCGGACAUCUACCCAGAUCUGCUGAACCUCCACUGGCACGACUGUGUCAGGCGACAGCUGGGUGAUGCUGGCCUGGGUAUCCUGAACAGCAGCGGCAGCGAUUCAGCAGAAGUUGAGGUGAAGGUGACCCAAGUGACCAGAUGUAUACAGAGCACAAGCCCAGAGUCCUCCAGCCAGGACUUCAGAGGGCAACCGAAGCAAGGCCCAAACUGGGAAUCUGCAAGUGACUCUCCAUCUGUGCCCCCCACGAGCCCCACACCAGCAAAGCUUCAGGGCUCCCCUUCGCCCUGCACUGAAAAGAAUGCCCUACAAAAGGAAGCAACGUCUCUGCCUCAGGAAGACACUUGCCCUGUGGCGCUGAAGGCGAAAGGACACACUGGUUCUAAAAGCCAGCUUUUCCAAGCCCGUAAGCGACCCAGGACCCUCCAGGUAAAACUGAGCAAUAAGGUUGCCAGGAAUACAAGCACCUCAAAGGUCCUCCGUCUUCAGAAGUCUGUUGUCCACAUCAAAUUUCAGAAUGCCCUUCAAGACAUCCAAGGGCCUCCUGUCUGUACCGAUGCAGGGAAGAAACGGAAAAAGCUACUCGUGAAGAGCUUCCGGCAACGAAGGCGUGGUGGGAGAAGCUCGGCUUUGAGUCCCAGUCACCCAGAAUUGGUUGGCAAGCGGAUCAGGCACUUGUAUGAGGAGAAGGACAAGACAGAGGCCUGGUACCGGGGGGUGGUGUUGAGGGUUCACAAGCGCCACAAAAACCCUCUGAAGACGGUGUACGAGGUGAAAUACGACAGUGAACCCGAGUGGCAAUAUUACCUUGAGAUUCUGCAAGACUACAAGAGAGGCUGGCUGGAAGUGGAUGAGUGAGAGGGGCAGACCAGCUUGACCGAACUGCUGGUAGACUGGAAGACCAGAGUAGAGAUGACUGCAAGGAUGCCUCUGUUAGUAGUGGCAUAUGCCGAAUCGGUUUGGCACGAACCGGCGCCGAAUCGGUUUGGACAAGAACAGGUCCUUCUCUGCUCACCGCCACUCGCAGCUUCCUGGUCAGCAUGGGUGUUGCUGACCACGCAAAUGGCAUCCAUGCAUGCGUGGACGCCAUGUGCAUGCUGGCACAGUGCACAUUUUCUUGGGGGCAGAGCCAUUGCUGCAGGAAGCUGCAUGGGGCAGCGGAGAACAGGUAAGAACCGGGAUCUCUUAAAAGAUCCCGCUCGCUGCUCCCCUCCCCGGGGUGCUGGACCAGUGCACAAACCUUUGUUCAUGCACAUCCCCAACGCUGAAGUCAGUGGUGGAAAAGAAUGCAUUAGAGCAGGGUUUCUAAAUGUGUGGGUCCCCAGAUGUUAUUGGACUUCAACUCCCAUAAUCCCCAGCCCCAAUGACCUUUGGUUGGGAAUUAUGGGAGUUGAAGUCCAAUUACAUCUGGGGACCCACACGUUGAGAAUCCCUGCAUUAGAGCUCGCUACCUGUUUCUCUGCCGCCAGCUAGGCAAAGCUGGGAGUGGGGAGGUUGGGUGUGUUUGCUUGCUGGACAUCCCAGGAAAGACCCAAACUUUUCCAGCCAUCGGUGCUGUUUUCCCUCCAGCCAUCUCUUCACAAAAUUCAGGGGGAAAGGGGGCGAGGGGAAGAGACACAUCAAUACUGUGAGCUGGUCGGAUAGGAAACCUUGUUCCUCGGCAAAUUCGCAGGCAAUGGAUGCCUUGUGGGCCUCGGAGGCAAGGCAGGCUGCAUUUUGUACCCUUUUUGUCAUUACUGUAUGAAGGUGUUAGUCAGUUGGGGAAGAGGAAAGCGUCCCGUACCAUUUCUUCAGCUUUUUCUUUUGCGGCCAACAUCUGUUUGGACCCAAGGGUUGAAGACUGUAAAUUUUGUACAAAGUUCCAUCGGGGGCACAUUUUGCCUUUCUAUUUAAAAUGUUUUGUAUGAAUGCAAUUUUAAGAGGUGCUUCUCUGAGAUUAAAGUGUCUGUUUUGGA